AUGAAGCCCCUCAUGGCCGGGCCUGAAGCCGCCAACGGCACCACCAGGAACGGUUCGGACUGUCCGCACCUGGCUCUGCCGGAGGAGGUGUUCUUCGCCAUCUCGGUCCUGGGGGUUCUGGAGAACCUGCUGGUCCUGCUGGCCGUGGUCAAGAACAGGACCCUGCAGUGCCCCACCUACUUCUUCAUCUGCAGCCUGGCCGUCUCCGACAUGCUGGGCAGCCUGUACAAGAUCCUGGAGAACAUCCUGAUCAUGCUCAGGAACUCGGGGUACCUGGCGCCUCGCGGCGACCUGGAGACCACGGCGGACGACGUGGUGGACGCCCUGUUCAUCCUCUCCCUGCUGGGCUCCGUCUGCAGCCUGUCGGUGAUCGCGGCCGACCGCUACCUCACCCUCUUCCACGCCCUGCGGUACCCCCGCCUGGUGACCCCGCGCCGCGCGCUGCUCACCCUGGCGGCCGUCUGGGCUUUCUGCACGGCUAGCGGCAUCGCCAUGGUCAUCUUCUCGCACCACGUGCCCACCGUGCUGGCCUUCGCCUCCCUCUUCCCCCUGAUGCUGGCGCUCAUCCUGGGCCUCUACCUGCACAUGUUCCUGCUGGCCCGCGCCCACGCCAGGAGGAGCGGCCCGCGGCCCGCGGCCAACACGAGAGGGGCCCUCACGCUGACCGUCCUGCUGGGAGUCUUCAUCGUCUGCUGGGCGCCCUUCGUCCUCCACAUCCUCCUGAUGACGUUCUGCCCCCACAACCCCUACUGCGUCUGCUACAUGUCUCUCUUCCAGGUGAACUGCGUGCUCAUCAUGUGCAACGCCGUCAUCGACCCGCUCGUCUACGCCUUCCGCAGCCCCGAGCUCAGGGACGCGUUCAGAAAGAUGAUCUGCUGCCGCAGGUGCCAGCGGAGGCCUCGAUCCCUGGUUUUAGGAUAUCCCCGAGGAUCAGCCUGUCAGGGGGCCGAUCAACAGAACAUCUGA